GAGACUGAAUACGCAAGGCAGCAAACGGUAGAGGACUCCAGUCUGCCAAAGCACAGCACUGCUCGCUUUCUUGAGAGGAGAGAGGCAGAGAACCACUAGCCUUCUCCUCCUCCAUCCGAGUGUGUGUGAGGCUGGUACAUCCGUUGGCUGGUGGACACAGCAGCAGUGUUAGCAUUAGCAGGGAAUCUGUGCUCCAUCCUCCAAAAUGAUGAACAACCUCAAUGAAUGUGAAGAAGGCGAUGGGGGACCCAACAGCCAGGGAGAUGCAACAUCCAAGGAAAGCAGCCCUUUCAUCAACAGCAGCACCAGUGACGUAGAAAAAAGCCAGCAGUAUGAUGGGAAAAACAUGGCUCUGUUUGAGGAGGAGAUGGACACUAGUCCCAUGGUAUCUUCUCUGCUGAGCAGUCUUGCCAACUACUCCAACCUGACACAGGGCAGUAAAGAGCAUGAAGAGGCAGAAAACAAUGAGGAGGCACGCAAGAAAGCUGCACAGGCUCCUCGUAUGGGCACAAUAAUGGGCGUUUACCUACCAUGUCUUCAAAACAUCCUUGGGGUGAUUUUGUUCCUCAGGAUGACCUGGCUAGUGGGUGUUGGAGGCGUCCUGGGAACCUUCACCAUCGUCUUCAUGUGCUGCUCCACGACUAUGCUGACUGCUAUCUCAAUGAGUGCUAUUGCCACCAAUGGAGUUGUGCCAGCUGGAGGUUCGUACUACAUGAUCUCUCGAUCACUCGGACCGGAGUUUGGAGGAGCUGUUGGCAUUUGUUUCUUCUUGGGCACCACUUUUGCUGGAGCCAUGUACAUCUUGGGGUGCAUCGAAAUCCUGCUGAUCUACAUUGUUCCAUCAGCUGCCAUAUUUAAAAUGGAGGGUCUUGAGGGGUCAGAAGCCGAGGCAGCGCUGUUGAAUAACAUGCGCGUGUACGGUACCAUCGUUCUCACCUUCAUGGCUAUAGUCGUCUUUGUUGGUGUGAAGUAUGUCAACAAGUUGGCUCUUGUGUUCCUCGCCUGCGUCAUUCUCUCCAUCCUGGCUAUCUACGCGGGGGUCAUCAAGACUUCUUUUGAUCCACCUGACUUUCCGGUGUGUGUGCUUGGGAACCGAACUCUUGUGUCAAAGGCGUAUGACAUUUGUGCCAAGACCAUAGAGCGGGGGAAUGCCACCAUCACUACCAAGCUUUGGAGAUCCUUCUGUGACUCUGAGUUCCUGAACGCCACCUGUGAUGAGUACUUUGUUAACAACAAUAUCAGUCAGAUCCAGGGAAUCCCUGGAGUCACCAGUGGCAUCCUGGCAGAAAACCUUUUCAGUGGCUAUAUGGAGAAAAAUUCUGUCUUAGAAAAGAGAGGUCUACAGGCAGUACAGGACCCUGAACUCCCAGUAACCAACAGUAACCGAUAUGUGUUGGCUGAUAUCACCAGUUUCUUCACCCUGCUGGUUGGAAUCUACUUCCCCUCUGUCACAGGUAUCAUGGCAGGUUCCAACCGUUCUGGUGACCUGCAGGAUGCUCAGAAGUCCAUCCCUGUUGGUACCAUCUUGGCCAUCACAACCACCUCCAUCAUCUACAUGUCUAGUGUAAUUCUGUUUGGAGCUUGUGUGGAUGGAGUUGUUUUGAGGGACAAAUUUGGAGAAGGUGUCAGUGGUAACCUGGUUAUUGGCACGCUGGCAUGGCCCUCACCCUGGGUCAUUGUGUUUGGCUCCUUCUUCUCCACCUGUGGGGCCGGGCUUCAAAGUUUGACAGGAGCACCCCGCCUCCUUCAAGCUAUUGCCCGAGAUGGCAUCAUUCCUUUCCUCAGGGUGUUUGGUCAUGGCAAAGCUAACGGUGAACCUACAUGGGCUCUCCUUCUGACAGCCUGCAUCUGUGAAAGUGGCAUCCUCAUUGCCUCCCUGGAUGCAGUCGCACCUAUUCUGUCCAUGUUCUUUCUCAUGUGUUACAUGUUUGUAAACCUGGCCUGUGCACUGCAAACUCUCCUCAGAACCCCAAACUGGAGACCACGCUUUAAGUUUUACCAUUGGGCUUUGUCACUCUUGGGCAUGAGCUUGUGUCUUACCCUGAUGUUCCUGUGCUCCUGGUACUAUGCUAUUGUUGCCAUGGUAAUCGCCGGCUGCAUCUACAAAUACAUUGAAUUCUGCGGAGCAGAGAAAGAAUGGGGUGAUGGAAUCCGUGGUAUCUCUUUGAGCGCUGCUCGUUUUGCUCUGAUGAGGUUGGAGGAAGGUCCUCCUCACACUAAAAACUGGAGGCCCCAGAUUUUGGUGCUCACAACUUUGGAUGGAGAGCAGAACGUGGAGCAGCCUCGACUGCUGUCCCUGACCAGUCAGCUGAAAGCAGGCAAAGGUUUGACCAUUGUAGGAGCGUGUAUAGAAGGCACCUACUUAAACAACCAGCCAAAGACUCAGAAAGCAGAUCAGUCCCUAAGGAAGCUGAUGGAGGUUGAGAAGGUGAAGGGAUUCAGUCAAGUGGUGAUCUCUUCUAACCUGCGGGAUGCCACCUCACACCUAAUUCAAGCUGGUGGUCUGGGUGGGCUACGCCACAAUACUGUUCUGGUCAGCUUUCCCAAGAACUGGAAACAGGCUGAGGAGCACCACCGUUGCAGGAACUUCAUUGAGGUUGUUAGGGAGACCACAGCAGGUCACAUGGCCUUACUGGUCCCGAAGAACAUUUCUGCAUAUCCAUCAAAUGGAGAGCGUUUCACCGAGGGCCACAUUGACGUGUGGUGGAUUGUCCACGAUGGAGGCAUGCUCAUGCUCCUUCCCUUUCUUCUCCGCCAGCAUAAGGUUUGGAGGAAGUGCAAGAUGCGUAUCUUCACUGUGGCUCAGAUGGAUGACAACAGCAUUCAGAUGAAGAAAGACCUGAUGACGUUCCUUUAUCACCUGCGUCUUGAUGCUGCAGUUGAAGUGGUUGAAAUGCUUGACAAUGACAUCUCAGCUUACACCUACGAAAAGACCCUGAUGAUGGAGCAGCGAUCGCAAAUCCUCAAGGAGAUGCAUCUAACCAAGAAUGAGCGGGAGAGAGAGAUUCAGAGCAUCACAGAUGUGUCCCGUGGCUCUAUUAGGCGUAAGAACCCAUCAAACCUGCACCCCCAGAGGAGUAUCGCUGAGGAGUCGGUGGCAGGAAGUGGUGAAGAAAAGCCUGAAGAGGAGUCUGUCCGUGUCUCCCAUCCUCGACAGGUUCAGCUCAUUCAGGGAAAAAAUGCCACCCCCACGCCCACUAGCCCCACCUCCCCUACUGCUCCCACACCAGCGACUAUGAGCCCUGGAGAGGAGAUUCAGAUGACCUGGACGGACGAUACGGAGAAGGCCAAUAACCCAGCAGUGGCCAAUCCUGAAAACAUAAAGGACAUGUUCAACAUGAAACCGGAAUGGGAGAACCUGAAUCAGUCCAAUGUGAGACGCAUGCACCAUGCGCAGAAGCUCAAUGAGGUCAUUGUGAAGAAAUCGCAAGAAGCUAAACUAGUCCUGCUAAACAUGCCUGGACCACCUAGGAACCGCACUGGAGAGGAGAACUACAUGGAGUUCCUCGAGGUCUUGACUGAAGGUCUCAACAGGGUCCUUCUUGUGCGUGGAGGUGGACGUGAAGUCAUUACCAUCUACUCUUGAGGGGCUCAGCUCAACCACCAAAUAUUCCUCACCCUGCAUAGAUGGAACAUCCCAGUAAC